AUGAACAGUUCCGCGGAGCGCAAGUUGCUCAUCCCACGGCGUGCUGCGCGCCAAGAGGACCAUCACCACUGCUGCAACCAGCAGAAGAAUGAAACUAACAGGAGCACCACUUUCGGCAGUGGUGGCGCCGGUUCAUACGAGAGCUCGCCACUUGGAGAUGAGGUGGACUCCGAUGACGAGGCGGAGGCAGGUGAAAAGUCGUGUUGUGGCAGAGUGCAGACGGGUUUCUCUCUGCUGUACGGUGUGACGCUGCAGCCACUCCUGGCGCGUCUCACACCGCGCCGCGUCCAUCAGAUUGGCCAACACCCACUCGAAGACAACGAAAACAACAAAAAAUAUAACAAUGAUGUCAGCAUUAGUAGUCCCACAACUAACAACACUGAAGUCAGCGGUGGGAAUGGGCUGAGCAGUGUAGUAGAACCGGGCGGGAGAGUAACUUUUAACCCGCCACGUGCAAGGCACGAGCGGGCGCCUCUGUCGCCGAAUUCUGCCGGUGACAGUACGAGUACCAGAGAAUUCGCCGGUGCGGCCACUGUGAAGCCUGACGCGGUGAGUGCAGUGGCUUCACGUUCGGUACAGGGAGGCGCCAACCGCGCGGUUCGUCCGGCGGAUUGUUGUGACACAACGACGACAGAAUUGCUACGUGCCAUUGAGAGCGAGCGCGUGCCGCUGCGAACGUUGGGGCAACUUGCUUCCGUCGUUGAGCGAUUCGCUGAAUUCCUUCCAGUUCGGAUUGAAGUGGAGGAAGAGAGAAGGAACGUGACGAGUUCGUCCUCGUCGCUCUCGUCUUCCUGCCAAGUAUGCGUAGAGGUGCUCGGUCCGCUGCAUGCUACACCCAACGCCGCUGCGCUGGGCCUCUUGGAAGACAUCCUGCUAGAAGACUGCGUGGCGGGGUGCCUAAGCAUCACCUGCAUCCACUUCGCCGAUAUCGUCUUCUCAGGAGACGCCGCUUCUGGUGUGCAGAGCGCCACGCGAGUGGAAAGCAAUGGGUACUUGGACGUCCUCCCAUCGCUGGGUUUUUCCGUGGACAGGGGCACACGGUGUGGUACGGCGGACGCGGGGGCCAUGUUGAAGGAAUGCUGCGAGCGCGUAUGUGCCUUUGCAAAAAAUAUGCUGGAGUGCUGCAGCUGCGUGGAUACAGUGCACCUCACGCGCUGCAGUUUCACGCCAAGUGACUUGGGUCGUGGCCUCACGUUGCCCAUCCUGCGACUACGGCGGCUUCUAUUUGAGAGCUGCCCCCUCUCGGCGGCACAUGUUGUCGCCUUUGUGCGUCUGGCAAAGACAGAGAACAAACGGGGUGGUGAAGUGCGUGCGCUUGAGAACCUUGUCGAGCUGCAGCUUAGCGGCUCCCUAACAGAGGAGGCACUCAACGCUCUGUUGUCGUACUUCAACGAUGAUUUGUUUGACAGUGAAGUGUCACUCACGACACUGCGACUCCCCACUCUGUGGGCACGGGUGGCUCGCUCACACCCACUCCUUGAACGUCACCCGCUCCUCGUCAUAACAGGCACGUGA